AUGGAGAAGGUCAAAUCCCUGCCCAAAAACCAAGGGAAUCUUCUCCACUUUGAUCGGCAAACUCCAGGCUGCAUUUUUACCCCUCACACUUUGAGAAGAUUAAGAGGCAAUGACUGUGGAAUUCUGCACACAUAGCCUCAGCCAGAGACCUUGAAUGUGUACCUCUGGAAGGAGCCUCCAGUGUCUCCAUGUUACCUUUCCAAUAGUCAUCCUGGAAACCCAGAGGAAUCUUCCCACUUCUGGUUGACCCAGAGACUUUUGCCUCUGGAUCCUGAAUGGAGUACAGCUGACUUCAUGGAGCCCAUGAGGCACACAGAUGAGCAGGUACUUUCUGAGCUUCGUGAUAUUGACAUGCUGCCACAUCACCAGGCUUCUAGUCCAGGGAGAGAACGACUAUCAUGGCCCAACUUUGUCUCCCAGACCCCUAAUCACCAGGGAAAGGACUGCUCCCUGACCCUGGCAGUGCCAGUCAUGGUACCCGUAAGUACAGCUCACAGCAGCUUCACUCUGCUCAUGUCUGUGAGGAAUCAGCCCACAUGCUACCUCCAAAUUGUCAGCAACUGUUAUUACCCUCUUGGUGACUCGUGGAUGCUUUUCCAGUCUGGUCACGACCCUGGAGGCACCCAGGAGGUCGUUAAAAGCAGUGCGAAGACAUUCCCGGGCUGCUGGGAGAGGUUGUCUGCCUGUGAUUUGUGGAGCUCAACCAGCUUGGUUGUUAUUGACAUUGCUGUCUGUCUUGAAUUUAUUGUUGGGACAGAGCCCACCCCUCUGCCUAGCAUAGAUCUCUUAAGCGGUGCUCGUCUGUCUCGACGAGCCAUGGUGCUCCUGCCCCAUCUUGUAGGGCUCAGGGUAGCAGGUGGAUUAGCGACUGGGGGAGCAGGGCUAGCAAUAUCAAUAGACAAGUAUGAUAAACUCUCACAAAAGCUAAUUUCAGAUGUGGAGACGGGCAAAGACAAGCACAAGCACUUAACAGACCUGGAAAACUGCCUCACUUCGGUGAAGAUCACAGACUUCAGGAGCUUUGAGUUCUACAACCUGAAGGAUAAGACCUGGAAUGAAGUCAUGGAAACCCACGGAAAACUUCCUACUGAUCAAUUAGACUUGAGGAAGCAGCAAGAGGCCAUGUGGGAACUCUUCACCAGUGAAUGCACUUAUUUCUUGGACCAUUUAUUAGUUCUGAAGAUGGUCUUCAUGAAUACACUGAAUUAUCUGCACACUCCUGACUAUCUCCUGGAUGUAGAUUUAUGGAGACUUUUUGCAAACCUGGAAGAGUUAAGUCAGACAAGCUUUGGCUUUGUGAAUAGUCUUUUUGGCAUCAUAAAGAACUAUUUCAAUGAGACUGAGGCCCCACCAUGGAUGGAUUUCACUUCCGUGCUCACAAAGUAUCUCCAAGGAAGCCUUUGUCACAGCCAUCAGGCCUAUUGUCUGAACUACUCAGCUGCCCGCUUUUACCUGGAGAACCUUAAGCAGAGAGAGGACUUUGGAAUUUAUUUAAAAUGGUGUGAGCAAAAUGAGCAAUGCAGGCAGCUUCAUCUUACAGAGCUCCUGGUAUCCCCUCUCCACCGACUUGGUAUCCCUUGCUGCUGAAAAAUAUCUGAAAAAAAGAGCACAGACUCUACUGAGAAAAUCGUGGUCUUCUCCAUCAAGGAGAAGGUGGAAAAGUCAAUUCGAGAGCUCGAAGGAAAAGUGAAAUGGCUUGACAAUUUCCAAAAAUGUAGGCACCUUCAGGAGAUUAUAGUGUGGCCUCCUCUCUGGGAGAGGGAUAAAAGGUUUUUUAUUUCAGAGUACCUGAAGCAUGUUUUUAAAGAAUACAUGGCUGAAAACAUCUUGUCACCAACCAAUAAACACCUUCUCUAUGAAGGAAAAUUAGCGUUGAAAAUUGGAGGUGUAUAUACUAGUUCCAUGUGUCCUUCACUUACUCCUGAGCUACUAACAGUUAUUAAAGAAGGUGGUGCAUGUACAGUAUUAAUCCAGCCCAUUCCAUUAGAUAAACUGAUAGUUCAAAGUAUUGAUCCUCUCCAGGUGUCAGUCUUUGGGCUGAGAAACGCUUUUCUUCUACAACAUGAAAAUAGAUAUCAGCAGUGCAUAGCAGCAUUCUUAUUACAAGCGCAAAAGGAAAACAUCAAAAAAAUGUGGAUGACACAAAUAAAGGCAGCAAUCUCUUGUUUCCCCAAGAAUAAGGAAGUGAAGAAAAUACCCGUUUUCACACAGCCUGCAGAAUCCUCUGAAAUUUAG